AUGUCCUCCUCGGUUGCUGCCACCUCACUCCACGACGAAGAAGAACAAGAACAAGAAGAAGUUGAGAUGUCGGCUAACGACAUGAUAAAUUCGUUGCUUGACAAUCAAGAAACCUCUCUAAGGGGAGCGGGCCGAUUUCUGGCCCAUAGACAUUUUCGUGCGACUAUAACUUGCAACAAAUUUCCUAGGAUAUGUCGUGCGAAAGGAAGCUUGAGGCCAAAUUGUUGCAAGAAGAAGUGUGUAAAUUUGUCUAAAGACAGGCUAAACUGUGGCAAGUGCGGUAAGAAAUGCAAGUACUCGGAGAUUUGUUGCAAAGGAAAGUGUGUUAACAUUUUGAAUGACAAGAAUAAUUGCGGUGGAUGUCGAAAGAAGUGCCAUAAAGGGAAUAAAUGUGUUCACGGAAUGUGCAACUAUGCAUAA